CCGGGAGCAAACCAAUGUCUUCAGCUGACUCCGAUCCUGACGAACUCAGGUCUCUGUGGAGGAGGAUCGAUUCCGUCCAAGGGACAGAUACUAGUGCCAAGAUAUCCUCGAGCGAUUUGACUGUGGUUGUCCGCUCCUUUGGAGGUUCUAACCACAAUUUGGCGUAUGGCAUCCUGACAUCAUUAUGCACCUCACUUCGCGAACACCAACGAAGUAAGAUCUCAGACCAACAAGCCACGGAAAGCAUAUCGCGCCUCUUUAUACCGUUUCUUGAGGAUGGGUUUCGUGCAACCAUUGUGGAUGAGGCCAGAGGCCCUUUGCUGCUCCUCAUCGCCCUGUUGCAACUGGAUAACGACGUGGGGACAUACCUUCUCCUUCGGGAAGGAACGAUCCAAUGGUUGGAAGAGCUGCUCGAACUCUUUCCUCACGAGUCUUCCGUCAUACAGGGGGUUUGCACCGCUCUCUCCAUUGCGGGCGGUUCCAAAAAAUGCCAGAAUCUAAUACGGGAACGUUUCCUGUCUUGGCUAGAGGCUCGAUGCCAAAAUCCCAAGGACGAGCGAACCAGCGCCUCGGCAGCUGUUGCCUUGGCGAAGCUUUCAAGGGUGCAGGACGAUGCAUCGGCGACUCCAUUGACGGGGGAUACUCCCGCCACCGUGCGGUCGAAAAGUGACGAAGAGCUUGCACACAUUAUGAAAUCCAUAAUCACAAAGGACAGGGGGAAUGAGGUGAAGGAAGGCGAAUUCCAGGCGGUCAUAGACUCCGUCGAAGGCCUUGCGUAUCUCACUGAUGCGACCACUAUCAAGGAAUCGCUUGCUGCAGAUGCCGAGUUUCUACGGCGUCUAUUUUCCCUCGUUCCGUCCAUCAAAAGGGGGAAUAACCUCAUUGCGCGAAAGAUUGACGAAAGUCCAGAAGCUAGAGCUAACGCUUCACUGAUCUAUGGAAUAUGCGUUAUCAUCCUUCAAUUCGUUCAAUAUGCCCCCCGUUUAACGGAGGAAGAGGGCCAGAUACAAAAAUUGCGUAAAUUGGCGAUAUCAGGGAAUUUACAGAGAGGGGAGAAAUCAGAGGAACGAAACACGGGUGACGAUGAGCGUGAAAGUGAUGAAGUUGUGGCUUCCCGUGGCAAGCGACUCAUCUCGGCCGGAGUGCUCCCUGUGCUCGCCACUCUCGCACGCUCCGAAAGUGCAGCCUCGCAGCAGGCUGUGGGACAAUCAUAUCUUUCUUUAGUCCAACCGAAGGAAAACCGCGGAGCCGUCCUUCAAAGUGGGGGCGGAAAGGCGAUCCUUUCUAUAAUCGGGCACUUCCUUGCUCCAUCAUCAUCAUCAUUGACAAAGACAAAGACAACGACAUCUGGACUUCCAGUACAAGCCCUUCCAACUAUUCAGGCUCUCGCGAAACUUGCCAUCACUACAGACCCUCGCAUAUUAUUUGGGCCAUCGGAAACAGGCAUAUUCGAUGCCAUUCGGCCGCUCAAACAACUCCUGUUACACCAGCAUUCCUCACUCUUACAAAAAUUCGAAUCCUUGAUGGCCUUGACCAAUCUAGCGUCCACGUCUCAGACUGCUGCUCAGCGAAUCGCAACAGACGAUGUGAUCAGUCAAAUGGAUUCGUUGAUUUUAGACAACCAUCCCCUCAUACGACGAGCGGCGAACGAGUUGUUGUGCAAUAUUGUGGCCACUGAGGGACUGCUGAAGCGAUAUGGAGCAGACGUCGAGGCGACCGCCGUUCCACCCAAGGGUGUUAUCUCCCGAAUGCACAUUCUUCUCGCGUUGUCGGAUUCGGAGGAUCUUGCGACCCGUAAAGCGGCAUCUGGAACUCUCGCAACACUCCUAUCGAUCUCACCCUUAUGUGUGAAGUCCUUGUUGUCUGUUGAGAAAGGUCCCCAAGGUGUACUUGCAAUUCUCGGGGAUUUGAUCGACCCAAGUCGAUCCACCGGCCGAGACAGCUCGCCAUUGCUGCAGAACGACACGUUGCAACUUGCGCAUCGAGGGGUUGUGUGCUUCAAGAGCAUAUUCGAUAGUGAAAAAGAUGCCAGCAUGGAAAGGAAGGUCCUCGAAGCUGCCAAAACAGAAAAGUUAGCACCGGCGCUAGUUAGUCUAAUCAAAUCAAUCUCGGAUGGUGAGCCAAGCAGGAAGGGAGGUAGCGUGCAGGGUAUCCUCUUCACAGCAGCUGAGUGUUUGAAAUGGUUAACCGAUAAAGGAUUAUGACAUGUGGAUAUGGAGACAUCGAGGGCAAAGCGAAUGGCAUUAUAUACUGCGAGUGAGGAUUACAAUAUACAGCGAAAACCGAAAUUAGACCCAAAGGAUUCACCUUUCGCUCUGAGCGACCCAUUAGCGAAAUACAUAAGCGUCGCGGUUAUCCGACCACAGGCGCGCCCAUUCUAUGCAUAAACGAUACACAUAGACUU